UUUAUACCUUUGAAUAAAAUUCUUGGUUUUUGUUGAACCAAAUAAUUUAUUAAUCAUGGAUGAUGAACAAAAUGGUUUAACGUUACCUGACACACAAAAUGCCGAUUCUGUAUGUCUAACUCAAUCACAAGAAGUUACUCAAGAAAGAGUUAAGAGUGUAUGGGGAAGAUUAUGUCCCAUUAAAUUACCUUUUAAGACAGUGGAAAUGGCCAAAGAUGUUUAUACAUUAGGUCGUGCUGACACUUGUGACAUUUGUAUUACUGAUAGGGAAUUAAAACCAAAAUGGCUUAGUGUCAUGAGUAAAGUACAUUUUAAAAUAACCAGGGAAUUCAUCGGCAGGGGUACUAAUGAUAUCGUAGUAUACUUAGAAGACUUAAGCCAGAAUGGUACUUUCAUUAAUAAAGAAAAAAUAGGCCGAGGGAAUAAAGUAGUUCUUGAUAACAAUGAUGUAAUAUCCUUAGCACAACCUGCAGUAACGGUUUAUGUAUUCAUGAGUACAGUAGAGUUUGAGAGCAAUGACUUACCCCUCAGCUUAAAAAAUAAAUAUGCAGUAUCACGAACAUUAGGCUCAGGAGCAUGUGGAGAGGUGAAAAUGGUUUUUACUAAAGUUGGUUGUAAAAAAUUUGCUAUGAAAACCAUUAUAAAAGUAGCUGGUACUACACAUGGGCAAAGACAUCCAUUAAAUGAUCCUGAAAAGAUUAUGAACGAAGUGAAGAUAUUAAAGUCUUUAAAACAUCCUUAUAUAAUAAAAAUGGAGGAGAUAGUUGAUACUCCACGGGCAGUGUACAUAGUCUUAGAGUUAAUGGAGGGUGGUGAACUCUUUGAAAGGAUAAAAAACAGGGGUAAACUAUCGGAAAAACAUGCAAAAGUAAUCUUUUAUCAAGUUGUAUUGGCUGUUAGUUAUCUUCAUGAUUGUGGCAUAACACACAGAGAUCUAAAGCCAGAGAAUAUAUUAUUGGCUAGUGAUUCAGACGUUACACUAGCGAAAGUGUCAGACUUUGGUUUAUCAAAGUUAGUCGAUGCACAAACAAUGAUGAAGACAUUUUGUGGAACUCCCAUGUACGUUGCUCCCGAAAUAUUGUCUACUAUUGGGCGUGGUUCCUAUACAAGUCAAGUGGAUGUGUGGAGUUUGGGAGUGAUAUUAUAUGCUUGUCUAAGUGGCAUUGUCCCUUUCAACUGCAAGGACAAAACUAUUAGUUUGCAAGACCAAAUAAAGACAGGACGUUAUGCGUUUCCUCAAUCGAAAUUUGGACAUAUUUCGAACAAAGCCAUAGAUCUGAUUAAACGUAUGAUGACGGUUAAUCCGAAAAAACGGAUUACAAUAAAACAAGUUUUGUUACAUCCUUGGUUGCAAGACCGAGACCUACGAGAUACGAUUGAUUCUCUAACAUCGGAAGAAAACGAUGAAAAUGCAAUUCCAAAAAUUAUUUCAAAAAACAUCCAAUACAAAGAGAACCAAUGUCAGAAUAUAUUAAAGAAGGCAAGAUUGGAUUUAUAACUACAAAGGCUUGAAUUAGAUACAUAAGAUUUAAGUAAAGUGACAUAUUGAACAAGAAUGUUUAAGUUUACAUUGUUUCAAGAGUAUUAUAUCUUUUAUAUUUAGAAAAAUAUUAUUAUCUUGAUGAUACGUGAUAUUAUUUAACACAAAUGACCUGCUGUAUACGUAAAUAUGUAAGUUAAAUAUGACAAAGAAUGUUACUUUCAUUACGUAACUGUAAGUAUAUAGAAAAACUACAUUAAAUUAUUUUAACCAACAAGUACAAUUAUAGAGUGAAUAAAGUUAAGUCCAUUACGAAGAUACAAAAGAGACUGUUAUAGUAAAAUACAUAUAUGAAAAUGUUAUAAGGAAUAAGAGUGCAGAACCAUAUUUUUGUACGUUUGUAAUUUGUAGAAAUUUAUUUAAAUAAAUGUAUUCGUCUUGCUGGAAUUUUCA